CAUCAGCGGAGUUAGUGGGGUGGACGGGGCGGCCUCGAGGCACGUUUUCUGCAGGGGGGGCGGAACUAUUGAAGCGAAUCACGCAGGUUUCCGUCCGGAUUCCGGCAGCGGCUUCCGUCGCUCGGCGGAAGUACGCGCGUUUGUGGGGGUCGCUGGAGGAACACAACGCUGGGCAGAAUCCCCCUCACCGCCGCCGCGGCGUCAGCUACCGGAAUCAUGUCGAGUUUGGCGGUGAGAGACCCCGCCAUGGAUCGGUCACUGCGUUCGGUGUUCGUGGGGAACAUUCCGUACGAGGCAACAGAGGAGCAGCUGAAGGACAUUUUCUCGGAGGUUGGUUCGGUGGUCAGCUUCCGGCUGGUGUACGACCGGGAGACGGGCAAGCCCAAGGGCUAUGGCUUCUGCGAAUACCAGGACCAGGAGACCGCGCUCAGCGCCAUGCGGAACCUCAACGGGCGGGAGUUCAGUGGGCGAGCCCUCCGGGUCGACAACGCCGCCAGUGAGAAGAAUAAGGAGGAGUUAAAGAGUCUGGGGCCCGCGGCGCCCAUUAUUGACUCCCCCUAUGGAGACCCCAUCGAUCCAGAAGAUGCCCCGGAAUCUAUUACCAGAGCGGUCGCCAGUCUUCCCCCAGAGCAGAUGUUUGAGCUGAUGAAACAGAUGAAACUCUGUGUCCAAAACAGCCACCAGGAAGCUCGGAACAUGUUGCUUCAGAACCCACAACUGGCUUAUGCGCUGCUGCAGGCCCAAGUCGUCAUGAGAAUCAUGGACCCUGAGAUUGCACUGAAAAUUCUGCAUCGCAAGAUACACGUCACACCACUGAUCCCUGGCAAGUCUCAGGCUGGCUCUGUCCCUGGGCCUGUGUCUGGACCUGGGCCUGCAUCUGGACUUUGUCCGGGACCAAAUGUUAUGCUAAACCAGCAGAAUCCUCCAGCCCCUCAGCCUCAGCAUUUGGCAAGAAGAUCUGUGAAGGACAUCCCACCUUUGAUGCAGACUCCUAUUCAGGGUGGAAUUCCAGCUCCUGGGCCAAUACCAGCAGCAGUUCCUGGGCCGGGCCCCGCUUCCAUAACUCCUGGCGGAGCAAUGCAGCCACAAGUGGGAAUGCCAGGAGUGGGCCCAGUGCCUUUGGAGCGAGGACAAGUGCAGAUGUCUGAUCCUAGAGCUCCUAUACCUCGUGGACCCAUGGCUGCUGCUGGCCUGCCUCCUCGAGGACUGUUAGGAGAUGCUCCAAAUGACCCACGUGGAGGGACUUUGCUGUCAGUUACUGGCGAGGUAGAGCCCAGGGGUUAUUUGGGCCCACCCCAUCAGGGUCCCCCCAUGCACCAUGCUUCUGGUCAUGACGGCCGUGGCCCUUCACAUGAUAUGAGGGGAGGACCAAUGGCAGAUCCCCGAAUGCUAAUUGGAGAGCCGAGAGGACCCAUGAUAGAACAAAGAGGUCUACCUAUGGAUGGCAGAGGAGGUCGAGAAUCUCGAGGGAUGGAGACUGAAGUCUUAGAGACUCGAGUGAUGGAGAGAAGAGGAAUGGACACCUGUGUGAUGGAAGCAAGAGGCAUGGACGCAAGAGGAUUGGAGAUGCGCGGCCCUGGCCCAAGUUCCAGAGGCCCUAUGACUGGUGGAAUCCAGGGUCCUGGUCCCAUGACUCUUGGGGCAAGUGGACCUCAGGGACCUAGACAGGUCCCAAGCAUUUCAGGAGUAGGAAAUCCUGGAGGGGGCAUGCAGGGAGCAGGCAUGCAAGGGGGCCUGCAGGGAGCAGGUAUGCAGGGAGGAGGUAUGCAGGGGGCAGGCAUGCAGGGAGCAGGCAUGCAAGGAGGAGGCAUGCAGGGAGCAGGCAUGCAAGGAGGAGGCAUGCAGGGAGCAGGCAUGCAAGGAGGAGGCAUGCAGGGAGCAGGCAUGCAAGGAGGAGGUAUGCAGGGAGCAGGUAUGCAGGGAGCAGGUAUGCAAGGAGGAGGCAUGCAGGGAGCAGGUAUGCAAGGUGGAGGCAUGCAGGGGGCAAGCAAGCAAGGUGGAGGCCAGCCUAGCAGUUUUAGUCCUGGGCAGAGUCAAGUAACCCCACAGGAUCAAGAAAAAGCAGCUUUGAUCAUGCAGGUUCUUCAACUGACUGCAGAUCAGAUUGCCAUGCUGCCUCCCGAGCAAAGGCAGAGUAUCUUGAUUUUAAAGGAACAAAUCCAGAAAUCCACUGGAGCCUCUUGAAAACUUGUAGAAAAUACUUUGUUGUAGUCUCAGAGAGUUUAUUCUGUGGCAUGUAGGAUGGGUAUAUAAAGCUGCCUCUGCAUCCCACAUUUAAAUAAUUGGGGUUUCAUUAUUCCUAAAAACUGAUAAGAUUUCUUGUCCUUUUGUUUUCUGUUUCCCUUCUUUAAAUUGAAGGUUAGGGGAGGAGGGAUUAAGUCUGUUCAUUUUAAGUCAUUGUUGAUCUAUAAAAAUUAAUCUGAAGAUGAUUAUAUUAUACCACAUAAGACAACAAAUAUACAGUGAUACUGUCUACAGCAUGUUAACUACAAUUCAAAAACAUUGAGUAAACUGGUAAAACUAUACAUAAACACUGAACGAUGACCUGUUAAAAUUCUAAGAUUGAGAUUUUUGGUUGUAUAACAAAAUAAAAUCGCCUCCGAAUUUUAAGAUAUAUUUUUUGGUCAACCAAAGUACAGAACUAUAUGGGAAGCAGUAAAUUGAUAUAUGAUGCUAAACAUUGCUUCAGUGGUUUUGGAAUUAAUUUGAAAUAGCUUAACAGGAUGUGCUUAUAUUUGUAGUAUUGGAUUUUUUUUUUUAAAGCUGUGUCACCUGAAAAAUCAAGGAAUCCACCUAGUUUGAAGUUCCUUUAUCUGACUUCAGAGACCAGCAGUACUUGGUACUAACCUUGCCUGUGAUGACUGCAGAGAAAGUUGAAGAAACAACCUAGUAAUUUAAAAAUCUCCACUGAUGAGACCCCAAUAACUUCUUAAUAACCUUCUCAAAGGUCAUUAAGCCCUAAAUCUGAAUGUAAGUAAUUUUCUCAUAUCCUUCCCAAGAAUCAGUGUGGAGGGACUAUUUGGUUAGAAUUAGUUGCACAGAGCAUUGGACUUGUCACAAAUAGUGGACCAUUUCAUUUGGUAGAAAUCCCAGUUUGUGGGUAACCAGCUUCCAUACAGGGAUGGUAUCCAUUUGGUUAAAGAGAAAAAAAAUCAAGAGUUAAAAAUAUUACUCUUAACAUUUAACAUAUCCUUUAUUUUUCCUGUUUUGUAGUCUGCUUUUUACCAGGUAGGCAGAAAAACUCCUAUAGACUAUUCUUAUCAGUUAUUACUUUCUUUAUCUGUUAAAAGUAAUUGAACAUUUAGCCCUAAUAUGCACUAGCCAUGAGACAUACUCGAAAAUCAAUAGGAAAAUGGGACAUCUCACGUUUUCUUAAGAGCCAUUGCCUAAUUUGUUUUUAAGCUUUGUGGUUGGGAACACUCCACAUUUGUAUCAUAGUCCAAGCAGUAAUUAAGGGAGUCAAAAAUUCAACAAGGUCAUCGUCCUCUGAAAAGAAAAACCUAACACUUUAUAAGAGGAACACAUAUUUAAUGCAAGGAGAAAACUAAGACUUAGAUGUAGAGUUACUUUCCUUUUGCAAGUAUUUUGCAUUUUUACAUUAUGGUAUGUGUGUAUCUGGUUAUACUGUUAAGUUUACCAUGGUCUGUUUCCCCUGCAAGUAGAAUGGGUAGCUCCCCUAUAUAUGUGUGUGGUAGGUAGUUCUGGCUAAUUCAGAGUUGACUUGGUUACUUUGAACUUGUAGUUGAUCCCAAAGCUUUUGCUGACAGUCUCUGUUAAAACUCAAAUGUUAUAGUCUUUGUUCUGGUAAAAUCUCUGUAAUGUUUAAUAAAGACUAAAUAAAACUGCAUAAUUAAGAU